GACAACACAGUGAAUACACCUUGUGCUCACCUUGUACUUGUGUAUCGAGUAGACCGCAUACUCAUUCACAACCAAUGCCGCAACUGCAACAUCUCCGCCAGCACACACCAGCACACUAAAGCCAUCAUCCACAAAGGCGCAUCAGAGAACAACACACACACACACACACACACAGGCAGGGCUCGGGUCUAUGCCUGACGCCGCCGCACCGCCAUUCUCACAGUCGGCAUCUGCAGCCCCUCCACCCUCAGCCAACUCCCCUCCCAUCAUCCCGCAACCUCAAGAGCAAGCGCCAGAAGCACUCAACGAGCAAGUUCUUUGUAUCUGCGGAUCCGACAUUGACGAUAAUGCAACCAUUCAAUGCGAUAAAUGCGGCAGAUGGCAGCAUAUGCCCUGUGUUGGCAUUGACCCACUCACAGAUGACCUCGAAAACCUCACUUAUUACUGCCAUGUGUGUGAUCCAAGACCACUCGACGUUGCUGCUGCACAACGGUAUAUUGAGCGCUUCAUACAGGAAGAACGACAGCCCAUCACUAAGACCAGACGCGCAGGAGGUGGUGGGCGUGGUAAGGGACGUUCUUCACGCGGUGCUGCACAUGGCGCACACCCCUCAACAGCCUCAUCAACAAUGCACCAAGAACGCACACAAUCACCGCGACAACCGCUCUUUGAGCGUGGCUUGACAUUGACUCAUGCGCGCGACUACAACCUCAUGGAAGAAUGUAUCGUGAGUGACGAAGCAGGUCUCUACAUUACGAGUAAGUUGGACACAUUCGCCAUUUGUCCAGCAGAUGCCGUUCCGGAUAACUUGUCAACAACUGUCAAAUCAAUCGGUGGUGCACAUGUACGGUAUGGCUUGUUUGCAGAUCGUCCAGCACCCGCAGGUGCGUCAGUCGGACAUCUCACCGGUAUUGUGGAAUUACAAAGUCAGUACAUCGCAAAAGAAGAGAACCUCUACCAACAACUCAAGGGACCCCGACAACAUGUUGUCUUUGUGGAUCAGACCGUCUUGGCCAUUGAUGCACGGGUCUCGGGAAAUGUCUUUCGCUUUUGUCGCAAGUCGUGCAGGCCGAAUUGUAGUAUCGUGCCCUUGGCUGUUGCACCUCGUUCAAAAUCAGAUUUACGCGUAUUACGAUUCACUGUGGUGUUGAGUGAGGCUUUGUCCGUCGGUUCAGAGUUGACGGUUGGGUAUGGAUGGCCAAAUCCUGAGAUUGAGCGGAUACCAGGCUUGGAAGAGGAUGUUGCAGCGCAAACACGAUUUGCACAACAGGUACAGGAUGUAUUGGGGGAGUGUGCGUGUGGUCAAGGGGCGCGAGAGUGUCAAGUGGCGCGAUACUUACAAACCGGUAAUGGUGUUCCGAAACGAUCACCGUCGGCAGACUCAAGAGGUGUCUCACCGGCGGAUCGUGCGGCGUCUGUUGAAGCAGGUGGAUUGUUGGAUGCGCCAUUGUCGCGUGAAGAGCGAAAGAUACAAAUGGCUAUUGCACGGAUGGAGCAAUCAGAUGCCCAGGUACCGAAAGCGAAACGACGGCGGCGGAAUACAGGUGAUGAACUAUCACAAGCGACUCCUGCUGUGACUGCGGCUGCACCAGCUCACAGACCGACGCAUAGUCGUCGUCCAUCUGGCUUCAAGGAUGAAACACCCACGACACCCACGACAACAAUCUCCGUCACACCUGCAGUCAUCCAGGAGAUGCUCGAAGAAGGUGCGAAACCUAAACUGCUCCAAUCACCAAGCCCACCAACCCCCGUCAAGCCACGUGUCCGACCAGCAAAACUAGCGCGUCUUCCACGAUCAAAACGCGCAACGUUGAUUCGGUCACCGAGUCCAGAUGAAGCCAUGUUGACGAUGCCACGAAAACAACGAUGGUUGCAAAUGUACCUCCUCGAGCAAGAACGUGCAGCAGCAGCGAAACGUGCUGUUGAGCAGCAAGCGAAGGAAGCAGCAGCGCGCAUUGAGCGACAACAGCAACAACGAAGGCUAGCCGCUGCGGCUGCUGAGCGAGAACAAAAAGCAGCAGCGGCGAAGAAGGAAGAGGAAUUGAGGGUGAUGAAGGAACGUGAAGCGAAAGAGGCAUUGCAGCGUGCACGGGAACGUGAGAUUUGGGGUGACUUUGCAGGAACUCCGGGGAGUACUCCUGUACCGCCCAUUGCAACGGCAGCGAUACCUGCUGGUGUUGUACAAGCUACUAUAACGAACGGACCCUCGGACGUGGUUGCGGUGAAGCAUGAACCUACGCUGGCGCCUGUUCGACCAACUGCUAUCAAUACAACAAUGGGACCACCUCCGCUACCCAACGACAAACCUGCGUCUCCUGCAAUCCCAUCUGCGACCGCACCACCAGUAUCGCCUGUCUCUACAACGCCUACCGAGAAGCCCAAGCCGCCGACGCCACCCAAGAUUGUGAGAAAAUUGAGUGUCAGUGAGUACUUGAAGCAACGCAAAGAAAAAGAGGCUCAGGAAGCGUCAUCGUCACAACCAGCAGCUGGUUCUGCAGCCUUGAAAAAGGAGGAGGAAGAGGGUGAUCAGUCGGAUGGUGAAGUUGUUGAUACUGCACAAGAUGUUUCUUCUGCUGCAUUGCUUCGUCGGCCGUUGUCGCCACCGCAGGGACCAGCGCGAUUACCCAUCUCACCGCCACAAAGGGAUCAUGCCUAUGCGCCGUAUGGAAAUGGUCCACCUCCGCCACUUCGACAGGGUCAAUCUAGACCUCCUCCAACCAAUGGUGCCGGUUAUGGUGGAUACCCUCAUCCGCCUUCACCUGUUGGUCCACCAUUACGGGCGCCUUAUGGUGGGCAUCCACUUCCCCCACAGCAACAGCAUGGCGGUAGAGGACCACCGCCACCUUCUUCAGCUUCUUCAGCUGCCUAUGGGGCAAUUCCACCAACAGGUCCGCGUGGACAUGGCAGUAGCUCACGCUGAGCGAUGGGUCGUUGCUCUUUUUCAAAAAAACCAACCUUCGUGGAUUCGUCGGUCAUGCAUUUCCUGUUCCAUUACCCUUCUUUCUCUUCUCACGAACUUCGUAUGACGACGCACGCGCACUUGGCGUAGAUGUGUUCACAUUCUUUGUAUAUCUCCAAUCUCCUCUGUCUUU